AUGACAUCCUUCCGCACGGCCCUCACGCUCCUAACAGCAACCCCAGCGCUCGCCCACGUCCUCCCGGCCGUGAGCGGCGACGUCGCCGCCGCCAAGCCCUGCACCACCGGCACGCCCGUCGUCACGGCCGGCUACACUAUCAACUACGCGCUGGCCACGCCGACUGCUACCGGGACUUUUAGGAAUGGGUACCAGCCCGAGCCGGGUUGGGCGGGGGAGCAUGUUGUGGGGACUUAUACCUUCGGCGUCCCAACACCCAUCGAUGCCGGCUUCGCGUACGCGCAGUUCAAGUGCCAGUACUAUUGUAAUUCCCAGACCAGCGGCAGCUUCUACGCCAAGUACGCUGGGGCGGACAGCCGGGAUGGGUCUUAUUGUCACUGCUAUGAUGACCUACUGGAUCCCGAUACCUUCGUCGAGGGUAAUCAGACGCUCGUCGGCACGUGGAACUCGAUCUGUAGCGGCACGGACAUGCCGGCGAAGCUACCGGAACACGAAUAA